UGCUGGCUAAACACAGGUGUUCGGAGGAUUCAGGAUAAUCUUGUUAACCGUAAUAGGCACUUAACACAUGGCAUGUUCAACUCAUCAUUUGAGGGUAAUUGGUUAUAAUACAGAAGAACAUAGAUUAACAAAAGGCUUAUAGCAGUGAAAUCAGUACUGAAUGUCAAUUUGCCUGAGCCAGGAAGUACCAGUUAAACAUACUUUUUUAAGAUAUGAAGGUUUGUUUCUGGAUGCCUUAGAUCCUAAGAUUUGUAUAUUUGAAUCAAUACAUUGUUUGUGAGUUAAAAGGGAGUUUGUGACUUAAUGAAGAAAAUUAAGGAAUGGGCUCCUAUACUGUACAGGAAGCUAAAAUUUGUUCACACCUUUUGGUCUCUUUGUUUCCACCAGCUUGAGAUGGAUGAUGUCUGUGAAAUUUACCCUUCACCUGCCCAUGAACAGCUGACUGCACCGGUGUUUCUAGUCUUACCUUGACUUCUUAUCCUUCCUCCUUUUUCCAGGAAAAUGGUCUCACUGAGGACAUUGGAAUAUCAACUUGGAAAGAACAAAUUUUCCUAUCCCAUAGUGCCUUGCUGGCAAGGAGCUGCCAGGCUGCAAUGGAACUGGCAAACCAUGAUGCAGGGAUGCAGAAUAUGGCCUUUAAGUAUGGAAAGCACAUGUCCCUGAGUCAUAAGCUAAAUGUUGACAUUCAGCCAUUUGUUAAUGAUAGGUCUAAAGACUCUGUGGCCUUCAGUUUAAAUUCCGCUCCUGUAGUCUUGCAUCAGAAAUUUAUUGGAAGAGAGGCUUGGAUUAGGCAAAUUGAAGAGGCUCAAGUUAAAGGAAACUUACUAGACUAUGCUAAGUUGCAAGAUGCAAUCAAGGCUGGCAAAGGUGUGACUUCAGCUAUUGACCUGUGCCGUUUCCAUGGAAACAGAGCACUGGAGGCUCUGGCGUGCUUCCCUCCCUCAGAGGCCAGAUCUGCUUUAGAAAACAUUGUUUAUGCUGUGACAAGAUUUUCAUGAUGUACAACUGGAAAAAGAAACUACUGUUCAUUUGCAGAAAUGAGCAGAACAGAUCAUACUCGAGAGAGCCAAAAUCUGCCAUUGCUACGAAUCUAAAUGUGUUGGUGACUUGGAAAAAAAAGUGUUUCUGUUCCACUCACCACAUUCCCAAACGAACAUCUAUCCUUCGGAACUGCUACAAACAAAAUUAGGGAAAAAAAGGUCAAACAGUUUUCACUUGUCAUGCCAGAAGCACACUUGAGGCUGCACUGGUAGAAAUAAUUAAUGAGACUCGCUUCUGUGACCUCAGCAAAUGGACAGGAAAUAAGUCCUUAUUGAUUGGACAUAGCCAGGGAUGGCGCCAGUGUGGUGGCCUGUGGUUUUCCUGCACUACAGAAGACAGAGGGGGGCGUGAAGCUGCAGGUGUCAGGAGGAAUGCUUUCUGAACCUGCCAGAGAGAGGGCUGUUGAAAACCAGAAUUAACGUACUUAUUUAUCAACAUGAAGGGCAGCUCGAUGAAUUAGCAGGGGGAAGGAGGGAAUCUGACUGCAUGCAGCGAUGUCUCCUCACAUUAUUUCUCUGUGUAUUUAAAUAUGAAAUUGCCCUGUGCCUCAUGUGUUGAGUGUUUGAAAGAGUUGCUGAGGGGCCGCAUCAGGUAUGAUAAGAGCGUUAUGAUAUUAAUGUGGUUCUGAUAAAAGAACAAUUUUGAAUGUGUAAGUUUUCAGUUUGGUUCAAGCAGAUGCUUUGGUUAAACUUCCAGGAGAGUGAAAUAUUUGACUUUUGUAUACCAUUUUAUUUCUCUCAGCAGAGAGAUAAGUACUACAUUUUUCCUAGAUUUACUGAACAUUCGGACUCUGUUCAUACCAAAUAAAUGCCUCUUCAUAA